AUGUGUUAUAAGUGUUCAAGGCGUAGAAUCGAAUCUCAGAGCAGUAUGGAGUCUAGUAGUUUAAAAAGUAGCAAGGUUACCAAAGAUACCUCGCCUACUAAAUCCAAACCAACAGAAAAGGAUAAAACCAAAUCUAAGGAAAAAUCCUCAUCCAAAGACAAAGAUAAGUCUAAAACUAAGGAGAAACCUUCAAAAGAAAAGGAAAAGGAGGAGCCAAAAUUGAAAGAAAAAUCCCCGCCAAAGGACAAGUCGGUAAAAAGUAAGUCGAAAAUUGUGGAUUUGCCCUUACCAAAGCUGAAGAAACCUUCUGGAAAAGUUAAUAAUCAUGAUGAAGUUCCAAUUUCAGGCAUAAAAGGAGCUGCAAAGAAGAGUUGGUGGGAGAUGGACGGAUGUGUAGCAGAUGUGUAUGCCAAAGUGGUCGAUGCCCAAACCCCAAUUGAUUCCAAACCUGAACUGAAAGAAGACAAAUCCAGUAAGAAAACUGCAAGCAGUGUCCAAAGUUACAGUGAAAAUGGAACCUGUGAAAAUGGAACCUGUGAAAAUGGAAGCGGUGAAAGUGUAAGCAAGGUUAGUUCAUCUAGAGAACGUGAGAAAUCGAGCCCUGCUAAUGUUGAAAAAGAUGAAGAGAUCCAGAAAAGAGGUCGGACUCUUAGAGGAAUAAACACAAGAAAUCAAGAUUUAAACGAAACUACAGCAACCAACGUUUCCUACAGAACAGCAAAUUCAAACUUGAGUUCCAUUUCAAAUGAAGAGAAUUCUGAACCAGUUGCCAAACCUCCACCUUUCCAAUUUAAGGGUGCAGUUGUCAGAGGUGGAGCAUUGAACAUUUCAGGAUUUGGCUCAGGAUUUAAAGACGAUAAGCCUAUGCCAGAGAGUAUAUUCCAAAACCGAAAUAUUCCAAAUCGACAAAAUCAAGAGCAAGAUGAUUACGAGGAAGACUACGAAGCACCACAGAGAAGUAGUAAUCCUCCAAGAGGACCUGUAAGCAGGCCAUCCGCACCUAGAUUUGGCGCAAGAUGUGAAGAUAAUGAUGGCUUUCAGUCAAAUUCACUUCCCUCAAGACCAACAAACGUCCCAUCAGGAGGGCCUGUGGGAUCAGGCCCGGGUUUAUCACCAAGACCCAAGUUUACAAGACCUAUGCCACUUAAAAGAGGAGCUGGUGCAAUAUAUGCAAGACCCGCUGCUGUAAUAAAAACACCAGAAGAAAUAAUUAAAGCCCUGUUAGAGAAAAUAUCUAAUCUGGAGGAAAACAAGUACAAUGAACACACGAAGCUCCAGAAGGAGUUAAUCGAAGCGAUUUUAAAGAACCCACACGUUUUGGGAACUUUUGACUCUAAUCUGAUUGUAAAAACAGCUAGAAAAAUCUGUGAUGUCGCGGGAACAAACAGAACUAAUCUUUCCAGGAGUUCAUUGAUUUGUCUUGCUCAUAUGUUCGAACUAAUACCCCAAGCUUUGACCCCUUUAAUCACGGAGGCAAUAGGUUUGUGCGCCAAAAAAGGUGUAUCAAGUUCACCUGAACAUCUCAUUGUUGCCUCUAACUUUUGCCUGGCCAAAAUUUGUUUAUAUUCUAAUGAAUUCAAAGUUUCUCAACAGCUUGUCUCCGUUUAUCGAAAUAAUGUACCUAGUAUACUCAUGCUAUUAUACCCUAUCACUACCUCUAAUAUGUAUUUAUAUGUAUUGUUUAGUAAUAAAUCAUAUCAAAUAAUGGCAUUGAAUGCGUUGGUGGUUUUGAUGGACAGAUUGGGCCCGAAUAUCUUAAAGCUUAAAAAUUUGGAUGGAAUCGUUGACGUUUCAGUAAAGGGGAUAACAGGUGGCGGAGUUCCCACUAGGACUGCUGGGAGAAAUAUUCUUGGCAUGAUCAAAGAACAUGCCAAACUUGACCAUUAUCUAAACAUGUGUAAAGCUACUGAAAUUGCUAAAAAGACAGUACAAACUGCACUUCUCAAAUACGAUGAAGAUUCUAAAAUUUGCUUUGUAGAAGAGUAUUGUAAGGAAAUAACACUUUAA